AUGUAUCCACUAGGACAUCAAGACAAAGAACGACCGACCCUAACCACCGUCUACAGCGGUGAGGAUCCCAUCGUCGAUAUUAUAGCCGUACACGGCCUGUCGGGAGAUGUAUCCAAAUCAUUUAUCACUAGCAAGAAUGGGAAAUUCUGGCUUGGUGAUGAGGAUAUGCUUCCUAGCGACAUCCCAGAUUACCGUGUCCUCACAUUCAACUAUCCUACAUCUGUCACUGCGAAUAUCGAACUGCACCAUGCAAAGGCUUUGCUACAGAAGUUAGCUGCUAGUCGUCAGAGGGAAGACAUUACGGAGAGACUUAUUAUCUUCCUCUUCCAUUCUCAGAAAGCGCACAUUAUUGUGAAGAUAAUCCUCGAGUGCUGCAGGAUGCUGAAGACAGAGCAUAGUCUGUAUUCGAUAGCUGUCUCGACAUUCGGUCUCUUCUAUUUUGGAGCAACAAACACACAAGGAGCUACCGCUGUAGACGAAGGAGAUGAAGAAGAACAAGGAGAAGAAAGCGACACAGGAUCACGGUCACGGCUGCUAAAAGCCGAAUCGGGGUUUCUCCAGGAUAUCACCGACAGAUAUCAGUCAAUAAUGGGGCGCUUAUAUCCGUUUGUCAAGCCACGGAUAUUCAAGUGGAAGGUUGGUAUUAGCUGGGAGGAGGUAACUAUUUGA